AUGGCAAACGACAAAGACCAAGAUGGGUUCUUUCCCAAGUAUCAGCAGCCCUCAUUUGUCCUGCGCAUGUGGGGCAAACUGGUACCCGCGGCCGAUAACAAAUAUGCACUUACCAUUGUAUGUGCUGCUCAGAUGGGUGUGGGCGUCUUGCUGCUAGCCUAUCCGCGGAGAUCAACUUUCAGGGCCAAAUACGGAAAGUGGCCAUACAGAGCAGUCAAGGCUACAGGCAUCCUCACUGGAUCAGCACUCAUCGGCUGCACCGCAAUAUUUGAUUUGGCACGCACGAGAAACCUCACAUACGACCCCUGGGCCCAGCGAGCUCGUGCAGACCGAGUCAAGGCUCUGAAGGAAGGCAAAAAGGUUACAUGGUGGUGGGGAGCUCACGAUCACAAGCCUGUGGGUAUGAACGAAUACAUGUCCGAGCUACGGGUUCUCUUGGAGAUUAAGAAGAUGCAAUACAACAAGAAGAAGCUGGCGGAUGUCGCUGAGAGUGGUUUCAAGCCCACAGAGCCUCUCCUCUCGUCUGAUCUCUACAUGGACGAUAUUUUGUGGAAGUACGUGCUGCCUCGAGUUUUCCCCGAUGAGGUUCCCAUAUCCCCCAUCUCUCGAAAACUUACAGAGGCCAUGUUCCAGUCUCUGGGUCUCACAUAUGAGGAGCUGGUGGCUGCAAACCGAAAGUUCCGAGAAGGAGUGCUGGAGCAGGUAGAGAAUCCUCUGUUUCUUGCACACCGGCCAUGGCUGUUUGGAAGCUCUAGCAGCAUGGAUGCAGCCAUCAAGGAGGUUCUUGGAGAGGGGUCCAACGACCCAGAUAUCCUGGAAGGUCUCUACAAUGACAUUGCAGAACAAUGGGAUGGAUCCAUCAUGUGGGGCAUCAUUGCAGGAGAGACAGAUGUGACCAUUCGUCUGAUUCCUGGAACCGAUAUCGUGGAGCUGGUGGAGGAGGCUGAAGAUGAAGAAUAG